UGAAGAUGAGUAUAUAUGAACAUUGCGAAACAGAGCUGACUUUUAAUCUUGACAAGCUUGACGAUGUCCGAUCAACUGUAUACCGUAAAACUUUCAAAAUGCUUCCAGCGUCUUUUGUUGCCCUACUGCUGGUCGGAAUGAUGCCCGCUGCUUUGGCCCAGGAUUGGAACAUGCCGGUCGAUGCACCAAACUCUGUCAAUCCUAUGAAGCGGGGUGAUAGUCAUUGGUUUCUCGGGCAGCUAGAGGAGACUGCUGCAUAUGUAGAUGCCAACAAGAUCAAAGAAAUGAUGAUUGACAGACGUAACGACAAAAAGGUGGACGUCACAUUGCAUAUAUCUGAAACCGAAACCAAAGUUUACACAGUACGCAGGCCCAAUGCUGUUGAGUCUGCAAAUGACAAAUAUGGUGUAACAGAUGGUGCACCGUUAUAUGAUGGCACCGCUAUGUGGCCAGCUGUGCUGGAACUAGCUAUGAUGGAGUAUGCCAAAGAUCAACCUGCAAGUGGGAUGGCCGCAGAUCUCAAUGGUGGUUUCCCCAACAAGGCAUAUGAAGCUAUCUAUGGCAAGACUAGCUUUAUGGAGUGGAUCCCAAACUUGACUGAAGAGCGGCUGGUGGAGCUACUAACAACCGGAAAGCCAACUGCUUUGACUCUAUAUUCAAAAGAAGUUCUGGGUUCAAUGGCUAAUCCAGCAUAUGACAACCAAGGAUUGCCUGUACAACAUGCCUACACUGUCAUGUUUUAUGACCCAGCAACGUUCGUGGCUCAACAGCUGCAAAAUCUCUGCCUUGAGCUUGAAAUUUGCAAGCUGAAAAGACUGCAUUGUUCUUUUACCAUCAUACAUGGGAGUGGUGAGCUCUACAGCAAGGUUUCUUGCCUUGAAAUCAAACUGAUUGCUUACUUUUAUGAAGAUGAUCGGGAAGGUCUUGUCGCCCAAAAGAAUGGCCAAUUUGAGCAAGUGAUACAAGCUGCUAAGAGAGCUGAUCUCCGCUGA